GAGGAGAGUCGAGCCGGUGUCGUGUCGCUCUCGUCCGUUUUUCUUUCGUUUUACAGGAACAACUCCAAGCAAACCACUGAAGCCCACUACAUACUAUUGGGAAAAAAUGAUGUCUGCUAAAGAAGAGAGUGAAGACUUCAGUUAUCCAGAGACAUGGAUAAUGACAUAUGAAGAUACUGAGGAACAAAGAGAUUUGAUGGAGGUAAAAGAGGAGAGUCAAGAACUGAAGGACUUUGAGGAGAUACAUCAGUAUGAUAUAUCUGAUAAUCUCAGAACUGUACAAAAAUCCAGUUGCUCUCAGACUGAAAAUGAUUUCUCACAGAAAAGAACUCAAACAACAAAAGACCAAAAUGAUUUUGCCUGCUCUUUGUGCGGAAAGAGUUUCACACAAAAACAAAACCUUAACACUCACUUAAAACUUCACUCAGGAGAGAAGCUUGUCACCUGCCACCAAUGUGGAAAGAGUUUCACAAAGAAACGAUACCUUAGGUGUCACAUGAGAAUUCACACUGGAGAGAAGUCUUUCAUCUGCCAUCAGUGUGGAAAGAGUUUCACACUGAAAGGAGGUCUUGAGAAGCACCUGAUAAUUCACACUGGAGAGAAGCCUUUCACAUGCCCUCAAUGUGGAAAGAGUUUCACACAAAAAGGAAGCCUUAAUAGGCACCUAAGUCUUCACUCUGGACAGAAGCCUUUCACAUGCCAUCAGUGUGGUAAGAGUUACAUGAAUAGAGGACUGCUUGAGGUUCACAUGAGAAUCCACACUGGAGAGAAGCCUUUUACAUGCCAUCAGUGUGGUAAGAGAUUCACACAAGAAGUAAACCUUAAGAGUCACAUGAGGAUUCAUACUGGAGACAGGCCUUUCACAUGUCUUCAGUGUGGAAAGAGUUUCAUCCAAGCAAGCCAUCUCACAACUCAUCUGCGGUUUCACUCUGGAUUAAGGCCAUUUAACUGUGAUCAGUGUGGCAAAACAUUUGUAUUGGCAUCAUAUCUAAAAGCACACCUUACAAUUCAUGCAAAUGAGAAGACAUACGUGUGUUCUUUGUGUGGAAAGAGUUUCAUUAGUCAAGGAAACCUGAAAAGCCACGAGAGAGUGCAUACUAGAGAAAAGCCACACCACUGCAUAUCAUGUGGAAAGAGUUUCACCCGGUCAAUCGGUUUACAGAUGCAUUUAGAAAAGCAUUGUCCAAAGCUGUCAAAGUGAGCAUAGUUUAUCUUUAAGGUCAUCACUUAUUAAAUGCAACACAACACUGUUUUAAUGUAACAUCUUGACAGCCUGAUAACGGUUGUAGUUAAAUCAUAAAAUCUAAUAUAUAUAUAUAUAAUUUUUUUUUAUUUAUAAUAUAUGUAUAACAAUUGCCUACCAGACUUGAUUGAAUUGAACUUUAGCACUGGAGCAGAUGCAGCUCACUGAACAAGUGGGAGGACAGAAGUGUGAAAGUGUAGGUGCAUAGAUUUUACUGAUUGGUUAGCUAUCC